CGAGUUCUCGCGGUAUUACAUGAUGUACAUCAGCUGUGAGUUGUAGCUUGUGGUUUAUCAGUCUUGAGCUUCAGAAAAUGACGGAGGCAGAGCUGUACUCGGUAUAUGAAGGUGUGUAUGUGCCGACGCAUUUACACCCUCCUGAAAGUCUGAAAUACUGUGAGGAGUUCACUUUCCGCCCGGAUGACAUCCUGAUCGUCACUUAUCCCAAAUCCGGCACAACAUGGAUGCAGGAGAUCGUGCCCUUGAUAGUGAGCGAGGGCGAUAUGACGCCUGUGCUGACGGUGCCGAACUGGGACCGAGUGCCGUGGCUGGAGGAACACCGGGCGAUGCUGCUCAGUUUAGAGCAGAGGCCGUCUCCUCGCGUCUUUGCUACUCACUUUCAUCACCGAAUGAUGAACGAGUCUUACUUCAAAAUGAAGCCCAGGGUUCUGUAUGUCAUGCGAAACCCGAAAGACGUGUUCACGUCCUCAUAUCACUACUAUGGGAUGGCCUCAUACCUGGUGAACCCAGGCACUCAAGAUGAGUUCAUGGAGAAGUUCCUCGACGGAAACAUCAUGUUUGGUUCCUGGUUUGAUCAUGUCAAAGGUUGGCUUAAUGCUGAAGAAAAAGAAUCCAUACUGUUCAUUUUCUAUGAGGAGAUGAUCGCUGAUUUGAAAGGAUCCGUGGAGAAAAUAGCCCAGUUUCUUGGGAAAUCUCUGAAGCCGGACGUGACGGAGAAGAUCGCUGACCACUGCGUUUUCAAGAACAUGAAGCAAAACAAAAUGUCAAACCUUUCUCUGGUUCCAGAGGAAUUCUUGAACCAGAAGAAAUCAGAAUUCCUGAGGAAAGGAAUUGCAGGCGACUGGAAGAAUCAUUUCUCCGAGGCUCAAGAGCAGCGAUUUGAUGCUGUAUACAAAGACAAAAUGAAAGAUGUGAAAUUCAAAUUUCCAUGGGACUGAAAAAACACAUCUGUUUAAUCUUACCAGCUUUUAAUAAACCUUUGGUACGCAACAGAUAUUUUUCACUUCAUUCUUUUUUAAAUAAAAGAACAUUAAAAAUGAAACAAAAGUUGUUAUUUGUGUGAUUUUCCAUUUUAUUUGAUUGUUGUGAUUAAAAAUAUAACUGUUCUGGAAAUGAUUAACAGUUAUUAAUGUACAGUAUAUGUGCUUUUUAAUUUAAUGCAUAAUGUAUGAAAUAAAAUGGUUUUAUUUGGUUUAUACAAUGUAUUGCAUUGUACAGAUAAUUGUGACAUAUUAUUGGCAGAUAUUGAUAUUUAUAUGCAUGUUAUAUCAGUAUCUGCUGUAAAGAUCUCAUUACGUGCAUCAGAAUUUAAUCUUGCUUUUUGUGCAUAUAAAUAUCAGCAUCUGCACCAAAUUGCAUAUUUUUGCUCAGUUUGAGUCUCUGAAUGAAAUUGAGGUAUUUUAUCCGGCAUGUUCUGAUUAUAUCACAGUAUAUGAGCUAUAAAAGCCUAUCAAAACAUAAACCACAUUUGCAAACUUGGUAUUUGUUUUGGCAGAUACUCUUGGACAUUUGCACUGUAUGCAUAUUUGCACUUUGAGCUUCACUGCGGUUAAUAAAUGGAUGGUUUUCUUUAA